UUUAAGGUAAAUCACCCUACGAAAGUUAGUAGGUAAAGUGGUAAGAGUUUUUUUAUGCUUCUAACAAGGUGCAUGAAAUCGUGUUCCAGAUAAAAACUCCCUAUCUUAUAAAGUUGAAGGCCUUCGUAGUUCUAACUUUGUCAACAUGAAGAAAAAGGUACUGUUAAUGGGAAAGAGUGGCUCAGGGAAGACAAGUAUGAGGUCCAUAAUUUUCGCCAACUACAUCGCAAGAGACACCAGACGGCUGGGCGCUACAAUCGAUGUGGAGCACUCCCACGUGCGCUUCCUGGGCAACCUGGUGCUCAACCUGUGGGACUGUGGCGGCCAGGAAGCUUUCAUGGAAAAUUAUUUUGCUUCUCAAAGAGACAACAUUUUUCGAAAUGUUGAAGUACUUAUAUAUGUGUUUGACGUGGAGAGUAGAGAAAUGGAAAAGGACAUGCAUUACUAUCAGUCCUGCUUGGAAGCUAUUCUUCAGAACUCACCGGAAGCUAGGAUAUUCUGUCUGGUGCACAAAAUGGACUUGAUACCAGAGGAAUCGAGGGAGGAAAUAUUUAAGGAAAGAGAAGAGGAUCUGAAGCGACUCUCCAAACCCUUAGAGUGCACUUGUUUUCGGACCAGUAUAUGGGAUGAAACAUUAUACAAAGCAUGGUCAAGCAUAGUAUAUAAACUUAUACCCAACGUUAAAGCUUUAGAGUCUUCAUUGAAACAAUUUGCCUCAAUUGUGGAUGCUGAUGAAGUGCUGCUGUUCGAGCGCGCGACGUUCCUGGUGGUGUCGCACUGCCAGCGGCGCGCGCACCGCGACGCGCACCGCUUCGAGAAGGUCUCCAACAUCGUCAAGCAGUUCAAGCUCUCCUGCUCCAAGCUCGCCGCGCAGUUCCAGAGCAUGGAGGUCCGCAACAGCGUGUUCGCAGCGUUCAUCGACGGGUUCACUAGCAACACGUACGUGAUGGUGGAGAUGUCGGACCCGCGCAUCCCGUCCGAGGCCACGCUCAUCAACAUCCGCAACGCGCGGAAGCACUUCGAGAAGCUGGAGAAGGUUUCGUCCAGCGCGCCCCUACACUACCAGUGAACCGCCGCCCGCCGCACAACACGCUCCGUAUCAGGGC